CACAAUCCCAACCCUAACCCCGUUCUCUCUCUCUCUCUCUCUCUCUCUCAUGGCGAAAGCGGAGUUGAGGGGCCGACCGGUUAGGGUCAAGAACAAGACCCCCGCACCCAUCCAAAUCACCGCCGAGCAAAUCCUCCGCGAAGGCCUACAAGAACAGGCUGCAGCGGACUCCCUCGUUCGCCCACCGGCAUGCCAAAUCACCGACAAGAUCGAACUCGACCAGUACCUCGACAAGAAACGCAAGAGCUUCGAAACCCUAAUCCGCCGAGCUGGGCCAACGAACCCCGCCGCGUGGACCGGCUACGCCCGCUGGGAAGAGUCCCGGCGCGACUUCGCCCGCGCCCGGUCCGUCUUCGAGCGAGCCCUGUCCGCCCACCGGAGCGACCACACCCUGUUUCUGAGCUACGCCGCCUUCGAGAUGCGGAACGAGUUCCUCAGCCACGCGAGGAACGUGUGGGACAGAGCCGUGAGUGUUUUCCCCAGGGUCGAUCAGCUGUGGUACAAGUACGCCCACAUGGAGGAGAUGAUCGGGAACUUUCCUGGCGUGCGCCGGGUGUUCGACCGGUGGAUGCGGUGGGAACCGGACCAAGAAGCCUGGCUGUCGUAUGUCCGGUUCGAGCUCCGGUACAAGGAGAUCGAACGGGCCAGGUCGAUUUUCGAGGGAUUGGUUCGGUGCCGCAACAGGGCGUGCGCUUGGAUUGCUUACGCCAAGUUUGAGAUGAGGAAUGGGGAGAUUCUCAAGGCGAGGGAGUGUUACGAGAGGGCAGUGGAAAAACUCGUGGGUCAAGAAGAAGAGGCUGUGGAAUUGCUUGUGGCGUUUGCGGGGUUUGAAGAGAUUUGCAAGGAGACAGAGAGGGCGAGGGGUAUUUACAAGUUUGUCCUCGAUCGAAUACCGAGAGAUCGCGCGGAGUACUUGUAUGGAAAGUUUCUUGCCUUUGAGAGGCUAUACGGGUGUCAGGAAUCGAUAGAGGACGUGAUUAUGGCGAAGAGAAAGUUUGAGUACGAGGAUGAGGUGAGAAAGAAUCCUUUCAAUUAUGAUGUGUGGUUUGACUACGUUCGGUUGGAAGAGAGCCUUGGGAGGAAGGAAAAGGUUAGGGAGGUUUACGAGAGAGCCAUUGCCAAUGUUCCUCCGGCUGCAGAGAAGCGAUUUUGGGAGAGGUAUAUUUACUUGUGGAUUUGGUAUGCUUUAUACGAAGAAGUUGAUGUGAAUGAUGUAGAUCGCGCUAGAGCUGUGUAUAAGGAGUGUCUUGCGCUUAUUCCUCAUGAUAAGUUCUCAUUCUCCAAGAUAUGGUUAAUGGCAGCGGAUUUUGAAAUCCGGCGGUUGAAUCUCAAGGGUGCACGAGUUAUCCUUGGCAACGCGAUUGGUAGGGCUCCUAAGGGAACUAUUUUUGAGAAGUACAUUGAAUUAGAGUGGCAGUUGGGGAACGUUGACCGUGUUCGAAGGAUUUACGAAAAGUACUUGGAGUGGUCACCUGAAAAUGCCUCUGCUUGGAUGAAGUAUGCUGGACUGGAGAUAGACUUGGAAGAAAUCGAUAGGGCUAGAGCAAUUUUUGAGGUUGCUCUUUCCCAACCAGCAUUAGACAAGCCAGAGGAUCUUUGGAAGGCCUACAUCGACUUUGAAUCAAUCACGGACCAUGAAAGAGCCAGAGAACUUUUCGAGAGGCUUUUGAAGCUAACAAAGAACGUGAAGGUGUGGAUUAGCUAUGGGGAGUUUGAGACUUGCGCUGAUAAGGGAGACAAUGUUCAUGAAUGCAUUGAUCGUGCUCGAAAGGUUUACCGGAGGGGAAUUGAUUAUUUCAAAAUACAUGCCCCUGAACUAAAAGAAGAGAGGGUUAAGCUUUUGGAUCACUGGUUAACAACAGAGGAUAGUUUCGGUGAGCUGGGUGAUACAGAUUCAGUGCAUGCCAUGAAGCCCAAGAAGAUCAAGAGGAGGCGACAUGUAGAAACUGAAAAUGGUGUAGCUGUUUACAAAGAGUACAAAGACUAUCUAUUCCCAGAAGAGUUGGAGGCAUCAAAUAUCAAGCUUUUUCAAGCUGCAUACAGGUGGAAGAAGCAGAAAAUUGCUUCUUGAGGCUUCAAAGAAUCCUCUGCUGAAAUGGAAAUGAAUUACAACAGGGAAGAAGAGCUAAAGGCUUUUGAUGAUUCAAAAGCUGGUGUAAAAGGGCUGAUUGAUGCUGGUGUGGCAAAAGUGCCAAAAAUAUUUUUUAGACC